GCACUAAACCAAUCCAUUCGUUUUGACCGUUCCGAUAUAAGCUUCCAAAUCGAGCUGAAAGAGACCAUUCGAAAAUUAACUAUGGCCACUAUCAGGAUAUCGUGUCUCCUAACGGGACUGCUCGCAGUCUUCUUGGGAACCGAAGUCCAUGCGUUCGGUUUGGGCAAACUAAUGAGCAAAAAUGAUAAAGCUACUACGUCUACGACCACUCGUUCGGUUACUACCGUGACGACGACCACGGUUUUUAGUAAAAACAUUUGGGCUUCGAAAAAUUUGAGCAAAUCGAUAAACAUCAACAUGCAAGAUGUAUGCUACAAGCUGGGUUACAACUUAGAAGGCCAAUACGUAGUGCCGGAGUUUUUGAAGUUGCUGGACUCGCUGAACAAAGCACAAGUCAGCAUGGCUUCGGAAAUCGUGUACCCCAGGGACUACAGCAUGUCGUUGCAAGACGGCGAACGGGUAGACGUGAUAGUGUUGGGAUCAGGAGCGGGCGGUUCAUUGUUGGCCGCUAAACUCAGCGACAACAAGGAUUUAAACGUGUUGUUGAUAGAAGCCGGAGACAAGCCGCCGUUGACCUCAGAGAUCCCGGCACUUUGGGCGGGAUUCGCCAACACCAAAAUGGAAUGGAAUUACCGAGCCCAGGAAGACGAGACCUUCGGUCAGGGUUUGGAUGGCAGACGGGCGAAAGUAAUACGGGGACUGUGCGUGGGAGGGACGACCGCCGUGAGUCCAAUGUUGUACGACCGGGGAAUACUGGCCGAUUACUUGGCGCUGGAGGCCGCGGGUCUGACGAAAUGGGGAUGGAAAACCGUGAUGCACCUGUACAAGCGGUCGGAGGACUGUCGGUUCGAGACGAUCACCUCGGACAAAACCAUCAAACAGUCGCACAGUCUUGGCGGAAAAGUGGUGGUCGACUCAUUUAGAAACCGACUGACCGUGGACAUCCGGAAGUGCUACGACAAGGCACUGGCGCCGGAACACUACAGCUUGCUGGACUUCGCCACGGUCAAGAGUCACCUGGGCUUUUUCUCGUCCGUGGCCAUGGUCAAAGACGGCAUGCGCUUGAACGCGGCCAGAGCGGCUUUGUCCGACGCCGGCAGGAAGUACAACUUGAGGGUGGCGGCCAAAACUACGGCGAAGCGAUUGCUGUUCGAGGGCAACCGAGUCACGGGUGUGCUGGUUGAAAACUCGGCCGGCGAGACGAUAACGGUGAAGGCCGAUAAGGGCGUGGUCGUGUGUGCCGGUCCGGUUGGCACGCCGCAACUUCUCGUCCAAUCGGGUGUCGGACCCAAGAAUCUGCUCGGCUCGUUGGGAAUUCCAGAGGUCGCCGUCAACGAGCGCGUGGGCUUGAACUUGCAAGCUCACCCUACCUUUUUGGGCCUGCUCGUUGCGUUCGACUCGCCGCCGCUGAAACCGUAUUCGAUUAGCGAAAUGGUCUUUGAGUAUUUAAUGAAAAAGUCCGGUCCCCUGUCCAACAUAGGCAUGACCAGUUUCACCGGUUUCAUCGACGUCGACAAGGACGGCCAUCCGGACGUUCAAAUACAUUUGUACUACUACAGUCAAGAGGACACGGUCGUUAUGCCGGCACAAUUGGACGCGUUCAAUUUCAACGAACACGUUGUCGAGCAGAUCGUCAAGUUUAACGAGGAAAAAGCCGUUCAGCUCAUCGGCAUUUCGCUGAUGCGCCCCACGAACACCGGCUGCGUGACCAUCGAGAAGACGGAAUGUGGAUACGAACCGGUCAUCAAGUACGGUUCUCUGUCCGAGGAAGACGUCACCACCAUAUUGAAGGCCAUCGAAUGGAUUAAGAAACUCACGGCAGCGGAGGCGUUUGUUAAAUACGGUCCGAAAAUCCAACUGCUCGAUUUCAAAGGAGGCCCGACCCCCAAUGUAGACUGUGAACAGUAUUGGAGACACGCCAUCAAACACUUGACCACGAUGAACGUGCAAAUGGCCGGUACCAGUUCGAUGGGACUCGAUGCUUCGAACGGUGUUGUCGACCAAGAUCUAAGAGUUUUCGGCACCGAAAGCCUUUGGGUGGCAGACUCGUCUGUGCUCACCAAGUUAUUCAGCGGUGAAAGUUGCGCUCCGACAAUGAUGGUCGCGGAAAAAGCUAACGACCUAAUUAAGGAACACUUGGGAUGCAAAUACAAAGAAGAAGAUUCCGAAGAAGAUCCCAAAGAAGACGACUCGAGCGAAGAAUGUAAAAAAUAAUAAAAAAUAAUUAUUAUUAUUAUUUUAAGAUUCAAACUCUAAAAUUGUUAACCUAACCUAUGUAGACGUGUUAAAAUUGAAAUAAAGCUGACCUUAAUACAGUAUUA